AUGUCAGCCGCAGCCACGCAGCAGACGCCCGCCGUGCCGCCCCGUCCGUCCAGGACCAUGGACAAGGAGGGCACGGGCACAAUGCCCAAGAUCCCGCCGCGCCCGGCCCAUAAGCACAUCGAUCGCUCCGUUUCGCCCAAUCCCGAUCGCUUCGCUCCCUCGCCGCUCAGCGGCGGCGUCACCGUCAAGCCGGCCAACCGCGCCCAGUUGCUUGGCCCGAGAGAACGAGCCGACGAGGCCAUCGACCGAUCCGGCAGCGUUCCCAUGCCGUCGGUGGGCGAGGAGGGCGUCGAGUACAGCGCCGUUGCCGACGAAAUGAAUUACGAGGAGCGCCGAUCGUCGUCACCCGAACAGACCCGCACCGUUGGCGAGGACCUCAAGCUGCAUGCCCCGAAGCCGUCGCUUCCGGCCGCCAGCGCCAAGCAGCAGGUCAUGGCCGUCACCCGUACCGACUCGGACCGGGCCGCCUCGUUUGGCAUUGGCAGGCCCGGGAGCACCGCAGGCGAGCGCUCCGCUUCCCGCAACAGCAACAGGAAGAGGCCUGGCAGCAGUUACUCGGCCCACAGCGAUCACCACACGGACGACGAGCAAGGCAUCCCCGAAAUCGGGCAGCGGGUACCCAUGAACCCGCACCUGGGGGACGUGCAGGCCCCAUCGCCUGGCCCCGGCGCCACCUCAGAGGGCGCCAACAAGAGGCACCACGGCCGCAAGCUCAGCGCCCGCGGCCUUCCUCCGGGGAGCUAUGGCCUGCAUGGCCAUGGCGUCGCUCCACAGGACAAACUUGACAAGGCUUACUACCAGAAGCACCCGGAAGUACUUGAGAGGGAGCAGCACACGCCGCUGCACGACCGCCAAAACGACUUUGCAAUGAGCAGUUCCGACUUGAACAAGUUGGUCAGAGACACGGCCAGCCGUCAGUCUGCUCCGGGCAAUGCUGAGCUCCGUGGAACCCCAACCGAAGAAGUCGCUUUUCAAGCGAGCGAGGAGUACACGUCUCGCAUUUCCUCGUCCCGCCCGGCAUCAGCAGCCCCUUCCCAAAAGGCUGCAGCACAUGCCGAUGCCACUUCUCCCGACGCCGAAAUGCCCAUUCACGUCGACGACGCUAGGCAUCCUGAGCUUUACUCAUGUGGCGACGAAGACAAUGUCGUCGCCGAGGAAGAACAUGAGUACAGUGCUCCGAUUCUCGCUCCGGAUCAAGUCAGCAAGGAUCCCAGCGCCCAGCUCCAGCACCCGGCCAUUCACCCUCACCAGGAACGUCGUGACAGCCUGGAGGCCGAGGAGCCAUCAAGUCGACCUACUAGCCGCUCAGGCCACAACCGCGCCCCCAGCUACCAGCGGCCCGAAUUCGGCUCAACGCCGUUAGAAGACGUCGAAGAGUAUGAGCCGCUUUUCUCCGAGGAGAUCAAGGAGGAAAAACAAAAGCAGGAGCCUGCGGAUGAAAACCAGCUUCGCCAUCACUUCCCCAGCCGUGAUGUCUGGGAAGAUGCUCCCAGCAGCGUUCACUACACCGCUGAAGUGUCAACGCCUGAGCAACCCGAGCAAGUCAUGAGAAGACCCUCGACACAGCACGAAGAUCGGCCAAUCACUCCGGCGCAGGCUUUUGCCCAGUAUCAAGAACAGCUGGCGGAGAAAGAAGCCACCGGCCGCACCAACUCGUUGCCCCUCUCCGAGGAGAAGCCCACAUGGAUUAGCCACCAACCGCAUCUGUCGCCUAAAAAGGUUGGCAGGCCUCCGCUGGCACAUAGGUUCCCCAGCCGAGACAUCUGGGAGGAGACUCCAGAGAGUCAGCUCCAGGAGGCCGUCGUGUCCGCCUCGCCCACGGAAGGAGACAAUCCAGACUCCGCUGCCCGCCUGACGAAAAAGCCUUCCGACCCGUCUGAAUCGCCAGCCGUACCAGACCGUCCCAGGCCAAGGCAAAGUAGUGGCGACAACUCGGCCAAGCCGAGGCCCCCGGUAUCUGACAAGCCGAAGCCCAACAUCCCCCCACGGCCGACCAAGACCUCACCGGGAGAUCCUAGGGACACGUCCGUCUCCAAGUCGAAGCCCGCGGUACCUAGCCGACCCGUCGGCAGUAAAAUUGCCGCGCUUCAGGCAGGCUUCAUGAGCGACCUGAACAAGAGACUGCAGUUGGGUCCUCAAGCCCCUAAGAAAGAGGAGACCGCCGAAGACGAGGUAGGCGAGGAGAAGGAGAAGGCACCUCUGUCUGACGCACGCAAGGGGCGGGCCAGGGGCCCGCAGCGUAGAGCGCCAGCGGCCAAGACACCCGCCGCAGCAGCCACAUCGUCCGCGGUGCAGGCACCCGUCAUUGCUUUGACUCUCUCUAUACCGCAGACAUCUUGGUCCCUUGACCCUGACGAUGGCGACAUCGCCGUCGGAACGGAGAAUGAAGCAACACCGGACACGAGCACGGAGGCUGAAGAAUGCCCGGAGCCAGCUCAUGUGGACGGGGCGCAAGUAUCCGGUGGUAGCCGAUCACAGCCCGUCCUCGUGGAAGAGCCCCAAACUAUAGACCUCUCCCAUGGCACAACGAAGGUCGAGCAGGGGGGCGAGCGGGAAACACUCACACAGUCAAGUCACGCCGAGGGCGAGAAGAACGCUGAAUCAAAGGCGAAAGAGGAGCCGGUGAUGGAGGAGAAGACGCUGGUCGCAAACAUGGCUGGAGAGAGCGUGUUGGAGACGACCGUGGAGAAGGCCAAGGAUGGGAACGAGGUUGAGCCGGUGGAGGUACACGACGAUGUCAAGGCUUAA